UGGAGGUGAGCGGCCCGUGCGCAUGCUUGUUUUCGGCUCUACCGGGGAGUGCGUCCGUAUAAAUAGACUCCGAGGAGCCACAAGCCAGCGAGGAGCAGAAAGCAACAGGCGGGGGAACAAGUUCAGGACAGAGCCCGUCCAACUGAAGGACUGUGUCGUUCGAGAUAGCUGACGGGUUGAGUUCAGACGCAGGCAUGAUGGACCGCUUUAAGUGUUGCGUGCUGGUGGCUGGCUGUGCCAUUAUCGUCCUGGCUGUCGUGGUCGUGGAACCGGUGAUGGUGACCUUCAAGGCCACGUUCAUCAAGGACUGCAAGAGGAUAGCUGCGAAGGACAGAAGGAACAGCACCUACUGUGUGGAUGUCUGGAGUGCCUUUGAGAAAGCGUACGUGGGCCGGGACCCCUGUCAGGUCCCGCCGGAGGCCUACGAUCACCUGCUGUCCGUCGCACCUCCGCAGCCCAUGCGCAACCGGAUGUUGUUUUGGAGCGGGACCAAGGAGGUGGCCCACCAGGUGUCAGUGGGAUGCUACCAGACCCUGGAGGACACCAUGCUGGGAUCUGUACUGGAUGGAAAGGUCUGGUGUGGGAAGAAGGGGAGGAAGAGCAAAACGUUCACCUCUGGGUGUCCCGGCUGGACUGAAUGUGUGAACACCCCGGUCAGGUCCUUCUGGAGCAGAGCGUCUGCUGAGUUUGCAGCGGUUGCCUGCGGAGAUGCUGUCGUCCUACUCAACGGCUCCAGAGAUACCCCCUUCAGCCCUACCAGUACUUUUGCCAAAAUCGAAGUCCAGAAGUUCAAACCCGGCAAAAUGAAGAGUCUCACUGUCGUCCUGGUAACCAAGGACAAAGUUGUGGCUAACUGUGAGAAUGCAUCUUUAAAUAAGUUAAAGAAGCAACUCAAACCUGGAAUCAAGUAUAUUUGCAAGGAGGUGACAGAGUCUAAACUCAUCAAAUGCAAGAAGGACCAUGGCAAAUCCUGUGUUGUCUGCUGGUGAACCCCUCAUCUGCCAGUCCUGUAAGGCUGUGUUCCAAUUGUCAUUCCAGAGCCUUUCCUUCCUAUAUCUCCAGAUGUUGUCCUCGACCACCAUGUACCCUGUUCCAAUAGACGCAGUAAGCUAGCAAAAGCAGCCCGAAAUAACGUGGUUGGAUUUGAUAAGGAAACUUUUAGCUUUAAAAACAAGGCUAUCUGACGGGUAUCGAGUAAAUGCUUGUGAACAAGUAUUUGUAUUGUGUAAUGCUAUUUUUGACUUAUAUUUCUUAUUAUAAUGAUGAAUUGCUAUUACACAUAUAGUCUAUAGCCUAGUUUAGAAUAUUUUAAGUCAAGUAGGGAAAAUUGUCGUGUACAUAAUUGUGUGAGUCAGCAAAUGGUUCUUGAUUCACGACAGAUAUGCAGAAGUGUCAAAACGGACACGUUCAUAAAAUGUGACAUAAAUAGCCUAGACGGGUGGGGAUGGGAGUCAUGGUACGGCAAUUAUUGCUCUAUUCUUUUCAUCAGUGUCAUGAUGAGGAAUUGACAACACGAGGACAUGGUCCAUUGUUCUUCUUUCAAACUCAUCGGUUUUCUCCCCCAAAACGUGUGCGGGAACUUGAACGUCUGCCCACAUGUUGUGCUUUAUAAUGAUCAAUGUGUUUUCUCUUUCAUAUCUCUCUUAAAGGACAUAGGCUUUUACAUUUUUCGAUGAUAAACAUUGAAAUACUUGUUUCAAUAACAAAUAAAUAAAAGAUUGAUUUCCAACAAAAGAAAAA